AUGUUCGCCUGGAUGGAGCCAAAUGGCGACACGAAGCAACUCGUACAGUUCACCUCCAGGAGCGCCGAGGGCGAGGCUGCGUCGUCUGCCGAAGCGCGGCUGCCGGCGCCUAUCCGGUCAGGAGCCGUGAAGGAGUUCGUCUACUUCUUCAAGCGGGAUCCCAGCCAGAUCACCUCCUCGACCCUGAAUGAGCAGAUCCUCUUUGGAUGCAACCGAGGCCCUCUGUUGGACUCGCUGCUCAAUCAGAUGAACAACAUCUACGUCCCAGUAGCCCUAGCUGAGCACGGAUGGCCUGACAACGUGCGCAAGGAGUUCACUUCGCAGGUGCAGAACUUCAUGCUCACAGUCACAGCCAUGACGCAUCAAGGCAAGGGCAGCACCGUCCUGUACAUCCCACAGGACAACUUCGCCAACUUAGAAGUCGCCUCCAAGGACAAGGAUGUUGUUCAGAGACUGAAAGUUGCCUUGAUCCACUGGCACCGGCAGAUCAAGGAAGUGACCACCCAACAAGACUCCGCCAACGAGGGCGAAAACAAUGGCCCCUUGGAUGAGAUCGAAUUCUGGAAUGCACGUGACAAAAACCUUUCCCGGCUUCACGAGCAGUUGCAAAGCAAGAAGCUCCAAGAAAUCUUGACUGUGCUGGAGCAUGCCAAAUCAGGAUGGCUGAAGAAGUUCCGAGCUUUGGAAGAGGACAUCAAGAAUGGAUCGAGCGAGGCUAAGGAGAAUCUGCGCUUUCUGAACUUUCUGAAGGAGCCCUGUGAGAAGCUGGCUGCUGCCACCCCUCCAGAAAUUCCGGCCAUCCUGCCUGAGCUUCUGAACUACGUGCGAAUGAUCUGGUCCAUCUCCACCCACUACCAGAAGGAGGAUCGAAUUUCGGGUCUGCUCAGAAAGAUGAGUAACGAGAUCAUCAAGCGCUGCCAAGCGACGAUAGACCUUUCCGACAUCUUCGCUGGGAAAGUGGAGACGUCGAUGGUGAAGCUCCAGCUGCUCGGAUCACGGCAGUGCAUCGACUGCGGGCGCGAGUGGAAGAGGGCAUAUCAGAAGACCGUGCGGCUCCUGUCCAAGAAUACCGACCGACCCUGGACGUUCCCAGAAGGCAGCAUCUUUCUGCAGAUCGAUGCCUUCGUCCAGCGCUGCUGCGAUCUCCUUGAAGUGUGCCAGGGGCUGCAGCAGUUCGCAUGUCGAUUUCGUGGUCAGGCCAUGCCAGCCUUCGGCGGGACAAAAGCAGGCGAGAUCAGUAAUUCCAUCUACGAGAUCGAGGACAACUUCCUCAAGAACUUAUCGCGCCUUCAGUAUCCACAUGUAGAUUAUGACAUCCUGGACGUUCGUGCCCCCAAGUGGCCCGACCAUUUCGGUGCCUUCAAGAACCAGAUGAGAGAUUUGGAGGUGAUGUACAUGAACGUCAUCAACAGCGCUUUCGAAGGUGUGGGCACUGUGCAGACUGCCUGCCAGGUUCUUGACAGCUUCUACCAACUUGCCAAGAGGGAGCGUGUAAAAGCAUUCGUGGAGAAGAAAGGCGAAACUUUGUACAACGUUUUCCUCAAUGAAUUGAACCACAACAUCAAGAGGGAGUUCGACCAAUUCAGGAAGGCGCCUCCUUUGCCGGUGUUGCAGGGCCAUCCGAACUUUGCGGGAGCUGCCUUGGCAGUUCGAGGGCUCAUGCUUCGAAUCCAGCAGCAGAUGGCAGAGUUGGAUCAGCUCUGCUACCUGGACUCCUGUCGAGAGCAAGACGCCUGCCGCGACCUCUACAGCAACAUGCACAGCAACAUGGAGUCCUUCGUCCUGACGACCUUCCAAGACUGGGUGCAAGAGCUGAAAAGCAUGGACGAUCAGAACCUCUCCAAGCGGCUCCAGGUGAACCUCCUCGUGAAGUCAGAGGAGACGAUCAGCAGCAAGUUCAAGGGCGGCUUACUGGAGUGCAACUUCGACCAUGAACUGGUGAAGAUGAUUCAGGAGGUGUACUACUGGGAGAAGAUUCAGGGCAGCGGCAUCGUCGUCCCGUAUGCUGCGCACGAGCUCGCCGGGCACCGCGACAAGAUCCGCGUUCUCCGCGAACACGUGCUGCGGGUGGUGCGCGAUUACAACCAGAUCAUGUCGGCUUUGCAACCGGAGGAGCGGCGUCUCUUCAACCACCACAUCCGGACGCUGGAUCGCAAGAUCGGCCCGGGACUGACGAAGUUCAACUGGACCUCCGACGGCAUCAAGGAGUUCUUCGUGCGAGACAGCUGCAAGGAGUGUGCCAAAGUCUACGACUGGGUGAAGCAGUUCAAGCGCAACAAUGCGGAGAUUUUGCAGGUCUGCAAGAAAUUGUCCGAGCUCCACAUGAUCAAGAUUGAGAAGAAGACGGUGCACCGUGACGACGAGUUCCGUGAUGUCCAGGAGCGCCGGCGUCUCGAAGUCAAGGAGGAGUUCAACAAGGCCUUCCAAAAGAUCACGAACCUCAUGCUGAACUCCUACACCUUCUUCGAGAGCCACCCACUUGACAUCCAGCGCGAAUGGAAGAUCUACAUCGACAAGGUUGACAAGAAGAUCGAAGAGGCCCUGAAGAAGGCUGUCAAGACGAGCCUACAGGAUCUCUGCAAGGCGCUCAAUGGAGACUCCAAGACCGAGCCAUCUCCGCUGUUCAAGAUCCAAGCAGUGUUGGAUGAGGUGAAGAUGGACUUCAAGCCACCCAUGGCUCAGCUGAAGGAUCUGCUGCAGAUGGUCUGCCGAGACAUGACCAUGACGCUGUCCGUGGUUCCCAGGCUCGCCGAGCACCUCUAUCAGGUGAAGGUCGAGCGAGACCGGGUGAAGAAGCAGCAGCUGGAAGAAGCCGGGGACCUCGCUGGCGCGAAUGCCAUUCCACCGCCAGGGGAGCCUCCCAAAAAGAAGAAGGGCUUCUUCGAGGAGAUCUCGAAGGACGAGGAUUGCUGCAUCAAGUACGUCAAAGAGGUGCUACGUGGCUUUAACCACUGUGCCAUGCGUUUGGGUGAGCGCCUGAAGUUCUGGAACAGCUCCUACCAGCCGAUCGUGUCACAAGACAAGGACACUUUCAUCAGGCGCUACAAAAAGACUGAGCGCUCGCUUACCAUUGUCGGUCAAGACAUCCAGCGGUACAAAGAUGUCCAGACGGACAUUCAGCAGGAGGAGCCGAAGGUAGUCAUUGACUUCAUCGAGACCGAUUUCCAGCCCUUGAAGAAUGCUUUGGUCGACCACUGCCAGCAGUGGCAGAAGAAGCUGACGGACCUCCUGAAUGAGAACGCGCGUACGGAGAUGAACAGGCUUUUGGAAUACUUCGACACGAACACCAAGAUCUUCCAUUCAGAGAUUCCAGACAUGGAUCAGCUGAAGACACGGAUCGCCCUCUUGGAGCAAUGCCGCAAAGACGAUACGGACAUGGAGUCGAAGAUCAAGCCCAUCGAGGACAAGUACGCCAAGUUGGGCGAGUUUGAGGUUGUCCCCUCCGACGAAGAACUUUCUCGCAAGGCCCAGAUGCGGCCCGCUAUGGAGACUUUCCGUGAGACGCUGGUGGAAGCUGAGAUGCGCAUCAGCAAGGCGAAGAAGUUGAUGAAAGCAGGCUUGGAGCAAGAUCUGGGCUCCUUCGGCCAGGGCAUCCGCGACGUGAAGACUGACUUCAGUCGCCAUGCACCGUACAAGAGCGAUGGCCUGACACCGGAUGGAGCUUUCACCAUGCUACAGAACUACCGGAAUCAGAUCGAGAACAAGCGGAAGCUCGAAGCGGAGUUUCGGCCGAAGCAGGAGCUGUUCGGAAUCGAGCCGGCAAACUACAAGGAGCUGGAUUGGGUGGAGCAAGAGAUCGAGAAGCUGACCAUGGUGUGGGAGAUUCGCGAUGACUGGAACAAAGAGUGGGAGAAGCUGCGCACGGGCAGCUUCCAGUCUCUCAACACCGACGACAUGGAUGAGCUUGCCAUGCAAUUCUUGGGCCGCAUUCGGAAGGUGAUUGGCAAGGACAAGAACGUCCAGAACUGGCAGGUCUAUCAGGAUCUCAAGGCCGACUUGGAGACCUUCCGCAACAUGAUGCCGGUCAUCCAGAACUUGCGUGCAGACGCCAUGCGUGAGCGGCACAUCGAGGAGGUUGUGAAGCAGGUCAAGGAGUCGUUCAACCCGAAGGAUCCGGGCUUCACGCUCCAAAGGGUCAUGGACCUCGGCCUGCAGAACCACUCCGACCUCAUUGCCAGGCUCUGCGAUGAUGCGAAGAAGGAGGCGAAGAUCGAGAAUGGCUUGGAAGACAUCGCCAGGAUCUGGGCCACGAUGACCAUCGAUGUUGUCGAGCACAAAGGCGAUGCGUUCAAGGUGCGCAGCACGGAAGAGCUGUACCAGGCGCUUGAUGAGAACAUCCAGGCUCUAUCCUCCUACAAGAGCUCUCCCUUCUACCUGCCCUUUGCGGCGAAGGUGGAGCAUUGGGAGAAGACGCUGGCAAACAUCUCUGAGGUUACAGAGGCAAUCCAAUCCGUGCAGAAAUCGUGGAUGUACUUGGAGAACGUUUUCCGCGGCUCCGAAGAUAUUCGCCCACACCUGCCGGAUGAGUCGAUCAUGUUCGACGAAGUCAACGAGGGCUUCAUCAACAUGAUGAGGAAGGUGUACCAGGAGCCGCUGGCGACGAAGGCCUGCGCCCAGCCGAAGAUGUUGGAGAAUCUUCAGUCCUUUGAAGCUUCCUUGGAGAACAUCCAGAAAAAGCUGAACGACUACUUGGAGAAGAAGCGUCAGUUCUUCCCACGCUUCUACUUCAUCUCCAACGACGACCUCCUGGAGAUCCUUGGGCAGGCAAGAGACCCCGAGCAGGUGCAGAAGCACAUCAAGAAGUGCUUCGAAGGCGUGAAGUCGUUGGAGCUCCAGCCGCCCUCGCAGAAUCGUCGAUGGGAGGCUGUGGGUUUGAAUGCUCCGGAUGGCGAGCGUGAAAAGAUGGUGGCGCCGGUGAAACUGGAAGGGCCAGUCGAGGUGUGGCUGGGCCUCGUGGAGAAGCGCAUGUUCGAGUCGCUGAGGGCCCAUCUCGUGAAAUGCCACAACAUGAAUAUCAACCCCAAGGCGAUGAAGAAGGAGAAGUGGGUGAAGGAGUUCCUCGGACAGCUUCUGAUCACCUCUGGACAGAUCGCUUGGACCACGGAUUGCUCGGCCGCCCUCGUCAAGGUAGAGAAGGGCCACAAGAAUGCACUCAAGACGCUCAAGCGCACGCAGAGCAAGUACAUCAGCAAGCUUUGCGAGAUGAUCCGCAAGGGCCUGACCAAGAUCGAACGAAACAAGUUGGUGGCACUGAUCACCAUCGAGGUCCAUGCACGCGAUGUCCAAGAGCGCAUGUAUGCGUGGGUCUGA